AGGCACAAUCUACCAUUCUGGGGUGCAUUUCAAGGACAAUUAUUAAGUAAGUGUUGGUCAGUGAAAUGAGGAAAUAGAAAUUACCUCAGCAGAGCACUAAUAAACCUUUGUUUUCUUUCAGAGCCCCCAAUUCUAUUCUCACCCCCAAGGAGAUGACAACCAGGACGUGUCAGAUCAUGUCAUAUGGGUUUCAGAAAAAACCUGCUUUUAGGUGUGAUAGUUUUCUGUCUUUUUUAGCAUCGCUAGGAGAUGGUAUUAGCUGUUAGCCUCAUCCCUUUACAUGUGGCCUAACCUUUUUUAAAACUGUAUACUGUAUAUCCAUAAAAAAAGCAGAUGUAGGGUUAUGUUUAAGCAUAUUUAAGCAUGUGUGAUAAACAGCGGAGAAAGUGUCUUUAGGUUCUAUGUACUUUUGUAGUUUUAGUAAAGCUACCAUAACUGUGGUAAUUAAUAAGCACAAGGGACUUUUUAAAACAUGAAAACUGUAGUUCAUGUCAGUGUAAUUAUGAGUUUAUUGUUAGAACAUUUGAAGGCACAAUCUUCCAUUCUUUUCUGGGGUGCAUUUCUAAGAAACUACAGUAAAUACAUUUGUGAGUGAAAUGAGGAAGUAGAAAUGACUUCUAAUAACUCUCCGUUUUCUUUGAGCCGCAUUCAGUUCCUCUAAGUUUCACUGAAAACACAGACGAAGUAUCAGCUGCGGUUUUCAUUAUACUGUACACAAGAAAAUGCACAGAAUCGGAUGCAUCAUUCUGCUGUUAUAUACUGGUCUUCAUGCCGAACCACCCCUCACUGUGACCUACUCUCCUCAGAACAUCUGUGUUCUCACAGGCUCCUCAGUGCUCCUUACCUGCAGUUACACACUUCCACAAUAUUACUAUUUUAAAGAAGGAUAUUGGUACAAAACCGAUGGUCAGACACAUUCAACACAUUCUACAAGCAUUCACAACAUUCUACAAGCAUCUGGAACUCGUAUUGAGUAUAACUACUACUCUAGUGAGUGUAGAGUGAGAAUAAGCAAUCUGAUUCCUAGCGACUCUGGUGUAUAUGACUACAGGAUUAAGACAAUAACCACAACCUUACAAGGCAAAGAUGGAGUUACUCUGUCUGUUUCAGAUGUUCCACGUAAGGACUGUUGGGGAGUGUCCUACUCGUCCACCAGCUUCUGUGUCUUGAGGGGCUCAACGGUGGACAUUCCCUGCACAUACGGAUUCCCCACAGACCAGACAGUCAUCACAACACUCUGGUACAGAGUGAAUAAGAAGCGUCAGGAUCCUAUAGACCUGCGUCUGGAGGAAGACUAUGAGGGCAGAGUGGAACAUCUCAGUACUGAGGAGCGUAACUGCACUCUGAGAAUCAGAGACGUGAGAGAAACUGAUUUAGGACAAUAUCGAUUCAGAUACAAGACAAACACAAGAGGAGGGGGCUUUACUGGUAAUUUGGUGACAUUCUCAGUCACAGAUCUCCAUGUCUUAUUGACUGCUGGUACAGUUACUGAGGGAAGCAAUGUGACACUGACCUGUGACACCAGCUGCAACCUUAAUGCCGACAUCACCUUCAUCUGGUACAAGAACACACGGCCAACCAGACACAGAGCCAUCAACAACACCCUCCACCUAAACCCAGUCAGCAGUGAGGAUGCAGGCAGCUACUCCUGUGCUGUUAGAGGACAUGAACAACAUCGAUCACCUGACACUGCUUUAGAUGUCAGAUAUGCACCACGGAACACCACUGUGAUUGUGGCUCUCGGAGGUGAGUCGGUGAAUCUGACCUGCCGGAGUGAUGCCAAUCCACCGGUACACACCUACACCUGGUACAGGAAGACGGGAACUCAAACCUCACUGCUAGGAGGAGGCCAGAGUUACGUUGUCGCUAAUAUCAGCUAUGAGACCAGUGGACUCUACUACUGUGUUGCACAGAAUAGUGUUGGUGAACAGCACUCGGCCGCUGUGUCAGUGCCAAUAGCAGGGCGAGGCUCUACUAAGUAUGCAGCUAUUUGGAUCCUUGUUGUAGUAGCUCUCCUACUGCUCCCCGGCCUUCUGUGUCUGAGCAGGCGGAAAUCGAACGCUCCACCCACAACACGAAGCGCAACGAUUUCCCAACAGCAGGCAGACUCAAACCCGGUGUAUGACGACGUUUUGACCUCUGACCCCUCAUGCAGACGGAACACAGAAGCAGGCGAUGACGUCCAGUAUGCCAAUGUUAAGUUCAAAGGCUCAGAUAAAGCAGAGGUGGGCCCCUAUGUCGGCGUUCAGCGUCCUCGCACCCAAACAGCACAGGAGGACGUUCAAUACGCGUCAGUGAAUUUCUCCAGACCUAAGGACACUUCCCAAGCUGAAGAGGACCCUGUGAUCUACAGUACAGUCAACAAGCCCUCCAGAACAUGAAUACAUAAAAGAGGCGGUGGCACAGGCGCCCCCACCUGGUGACAUCGAUAGUAGUAUAAUUUAGAAUGCCCAUGUUAUUCUUUGUUAGCAUGUCCUGGGCUCAAAAACCUAUUUCUACCAUUGUAAUUAAGUUGUUCUAUCCAUGCACAUCUAGCCUAUAUAUGUGGGGAAAAAAUCUUGCUGGCUACUGCUUUACUUGAAAAUACUUUCUAUCUUGUGUCAUUGCAUCUACCAAGUUAUGUACCUCAAAAGUUAUAGAAAAACAUAUGUUAUUUACAAGUCUACUUCUUAUGUCAAAUUACUUAUUGGCAAUACUCUUAUGUCACGUGAGCGCCAUUUUUGAGCAAAAGGGAGGCUUUGGUGGUAGACCUGCUGUCGUGCCACAUUCACUUACAGUGUCACACACUUUGAGCUGCUUUGAUAACGAUCAUGAUGGCUUGGAUGAAAAAACGUGAGUCUUUAUCAUUAAUGUUCAUGACGAUGGAUGUGAAAAAGUGGGCUAACGAAGGAAUUUGGAUCCUGAGAUCAGUAUAGAAGGAUAUAUUAAUAGGAUAAGCAUGUCAUGAGUGUCAUAAGAGUGU